GGUCUAUUGAAUUCUCAGUUUACCAGCUGGAUUUGUAGUAAGUACUUUAUCUAUUCGAUAAGUGAGUCCUUUCAGAGAUUUCCAAUUCCUUUGCAGAGGUCCUGAGCUACAUAUUAACUUCUGUUUAUAUUACUAACAUAUAUUUGGUUAAUACAAUAAAAUGUAUUUUAAACGGUUCAAAUGAGUUGAUAAUUAAUAUUUCUUAAUUGUUAAUAGAUUUUGGUUAAGUUAAAUUCUUCUAAUAAGUCAAUCGCUAGAUGUUAGCUCUUAGUGUAAAAACAAGAAUGGAAAACAUUGAUGUUUUUUUAUUUAAGAGUCAAGGGUCAUGUAAAUUCUUGGACGCUCUAACAAUCCUUCUUGUGUAAGUUAUUCUUGAAAGUUGUACAAAUUUUGCAGAGACUAAACUAGAAUAAUACAAAUUUUCAGUUUUCCUUAGUUUUCAGGGGUUGUUUAUAUGACGUUAGUUCGUGAUGAGCAAUUCUUCACACACCUCCCGUCAUAAUAAAAGACCUUUAUAGUUGAGUGGCUAGCUACCGCAUUCAGAAUCUUUCUGAUAAUGUGGCCAGUGAAGGUAAAAUAAGAAUGGCUACGGAAGGAGGACAGAAAAUCACUAAGUAUAUAAGCUAUUGUUGUAUGUAACAGAUUGAUUGCAUCAUAACUCAAUUCUAUUCUGAUUUCACACUGUGUCAAUAAACAGUGGUUCUGAUCUGUUAUCUGUCUUUCAGUUGUUGAUCGGAAUUGUGUAUCUACGUGCAAUAUUAUCUAGUUUAGUGUUCAGUGUAUUAUCGUAUUUCAUAUUCGAGGGCAAAUCCUUUAUUAUUAAUAUUAUUAUUUUUUCGACACACUGUUUUCAUUCAUUUAUUAAUUGAUCAUUACUAGGUGUUACAUUUAUGACAUAACUUAUAUAACAAGUAGUUAUGUGUAUUGUUCAUUCACCUCUUGUAAUCUGUUUUCUUAUUGAAGUGGCACACUUGUUUUUCUAGGCUUAAUGAAAUUUUCACUCGUGAUUUUAAUCUCGCAUACUUUUUUAUAUAUCUCGGACUUAUAAUGUAGAAUAAAACUAAUUUUACUGGUUAAUAUUCAAUGUUAUCCUCCUUUGAUAUUCAUAUUCUCUUUUAUAAUGCUCAGUAUUUAUGAAAUGAUGAGAUACACUAAUAAAAUUAGAUAGUAAACUUGCAUAUUUCCAAUUUUAAGUCUUAGUUUUAGAUCCGACUCUACUUUGAUUUGAGCAGUCGGGUAUUAUCAUCAGCCCUCUUGUUCAUGCUCAUACCCUGGUGCCUGGUGUUUGAGUUAAGUUAAUCAUUUAACUAAUCUGUAUUAUCAUUUAAGAUAUCUUUUUCUGCAUACUAACAUUUUUUUCUUCUUUAAAAUAGAUUACUGUUAAAGAUGGAGGUUUAAAACUUAUCCAAGUUCAAGAUAAUGGCUGUGGUAUACAUCAGUCAGAUUUGCCAAUUCUAUGCGAACGUUUUACUACAAGCAAAUUAAAAGUUGGUGAUCAUUAUAUUUCUUGUAUUUUCUUAAUUAUAUUCUCCUUCAAUUAUCUCAUUUCUAUAUACUUGUAUUUUUACUAAGAAAAUGAUUACGUGUAAAUAAAUAAUUAAACAAUUAGUUACAACGGGAAUUUGUAGAGAUUUUGAAAUUUUAUAGUUUUUAUCAAACAUUAAACCAAUAGUUCAUAACAGAACUUAAUGUUAAUCGUAGUAUAGUUUUCUCUUCUCUUUUUUGCUUUAGACAAUAAAAUAAACAUUUGUGAACAAUGAAAUCUUCCUUAAUUGUGCUUCAUUUACAGUAUAUCCAUCAAUAUUUUUAUUUUUAUCGUUAUGAUUAUCAUUAUUAAUAUUAUUGGUACUUGAUUGAUACCUUCCUUAUUCUAUGCCAAAGUGGUCUUUUCACUAAUAUAAAUAGUAAAAAUAAGUGUAAUAAAACCAGUCAAUUCACAAUUCGGUACACGGUUCUAUCUUACCUCAAUUUAUAUCUUAUUUUUUCAUCAUUCUCAUGUAUAUUCCUGUUAUUAUAACAAUUUUAUUUAGGCUUACAAUAUAAUUCGUAAUAAGAGUUGAAAAUGAAAUAAUUGCUACUCUAAUGAAUGAAAAUGAUUUGUCUGUUCUGUAUUAUUACUAAGUUUUUGAGAAACUAGGGAUAAUACAGACUUUAUUUUCAGUGGAGUGAUAUUUAUAUUAUCUAACGAAAACAAUUGUAAUUGUAUUAAUUAUUAAUUCCUAUAAACGUGUAGAUGUUAUACUUUAGCAUGUUUAAACGAACCAUAAUCUUCAUUGAUAAAAAAAUCGAAUCUUGUUCAAGAAAUACUGUCUUAGCGGUUAGUUUUUUUAAGCAGGGUAUACUUUUGAAGCUAGAGAUUUGGGGAAAUUCCACUUUGACAGAUGGCCUUUCAUUAUCGGAAUUCUAAAUUUUAGUAUAAAGUUUUUUUUACUUCAAUUUUUCAUUGGAAUUCUUGAAAUUUCUUAUUACUUUCGUAUUAGGAAUUUUCAGAUUUAAGUAAAAUUUCUACAUUUGGUUUUCGUGGUGAAGCACUAUCUAGUCUCAGCCAUGUUGCCUUAGUUACUGUGACAACACGCACAGCAAAUCAGAACUGUGCUUUCAAAGUUAAAUAUCGUGCUGGAGUCGCUGAAUCGAAACCUGUACCUUGUGCUGGUAAUCCGGGAACUACUAUUGUCGCAGAGAAUUUAUUUUAUAAUGCACCAAUCAGGAAAUCUGCUUUGAAAAAUGGAAGAGAGGAAUUGUCGAAGGUGACAGAUGUCGUUGCUCAGUACGCUAUUCAUUAUGCUCAACAAUGUGGAUUCCAUUUACAUUCUGAAAGCGCUACUGGGAAAAGUUCGAUUGAACAAGAUUUACGUACAUCUGCUGGUUGGUCAAGAAUGGAUGCAAUACGUGCUGUAAUUGGUUCGUCCAUAGAACAGAAUUUAAUUUCUUUCACUAGUUCACAGUGUUCAUCUUCAGAAUCAACACGUCUAGCUAUAGAACGUUACGGUCUACGCUAUGAAGGUUUACUUACUGCACCAAAUCAAGUCUCUUCAGGUUGUAGUCCAUCUUUAAAACUUAAUCUAUUCAUUAACAAUCGUUUAGUUAGUUGUACACCAAUAAAACGUAUUGUUGAAUGUGCUUAUUCUUCUGUGAUUUCACGUGGUUUAUCGUCUAAUCCAAUUGAUCAACAUCAAGCAAUAAUAACAACUAAGAAGUCAUUUAAAGUAUCGACUAAUUCAAAUAUUAUGUAUAAAUCUUCAACAUUUAAUUCAUUAUACGUAUAUUUGAAUAUACAAUUGCCUGCACAUACUUUAGAUGUAAAUGUACAUCCAACAAAAGCUGAAGUAAAUUUUCUUCAUGAGGAUGAAAUAGUUAAUGGACUACAGGAUGCUAUUGAACAAGCAUUAUUAUCAUCUGCACAAAUUCAAACAUUCAUUCGAAAUUGUUUGCCAACACCGAUUACUUUUAAAAAUCCUAAAGAUUUAAAUAUUCAUAAUGAUCAAUCAAUAGACAACAAUUCAAAAGAUCUUCAUUCAUCACAAGUUGUCUAUAGACCGAAUGAAAAAGUACGAAUUGAUCUGCGUGAACAACAACUUGAACGUUUUCUAUCACCUCAAUCAAAUUACAUGAAUAAUAAUGAUAAUAAUAUGGUUUGUAGUAAGCUUAAAAGUUUACAUAAUAAUUCGUUGAAAAAAUCUAUCGGUGAAAUGAGUCCGGAUAUUGAAGUUGAUUCUGAUGAAGCUGAUGAAAUUUUGAAAUCCAAUCUUCUUCAGGAAAAUGGUUCAUUGAAUUAUGAUGAAUUUGAUUGGAACAAAGCAACUACUGAACAACCCCAUUUAUUUCAUGACCAGAAAGAAAAGAAUUCCGACGAAAAUGAAGUAACCACUACAGCUCAAAAUCCUUUAAAGUCAUACACUAAUAAUAAUGCAACUAUUGAUAAUACUGAUACUACUGUUAGUUUAACAUCUAGACCGAUAAUAAAAACAGAUGCAAGUUUAUCAUCUCAAAAUACUACUACUACUACUACUACCUAUACUACUACUAAUGGUUUACUUAGCAAAUCGAAUACACUUUUAACUUACUCAAAUAAUGAUAUGAUAGAAUCAGUAUCAUCAAAACCUCGUCAUCGAACAGUUUACUUAAUGAGUAUUCUCGCAUUAAAACGUAAUUUAGAAUGUGAUUUAGACCAGUCUAUUAAAACUACAUUACGUUCAUGUAAAUUUAUUGGUUUUAUUGAUGAAACAAGAUGUUUAGCACAACAUCAUACAGAAUUAUUACUUAUACGUUUAAAACCUUUAAGUCAAGCAUUAUUUUAUCAGUUAUUAUUAACAAAUUUCGGCAAUCAUGGUGAAAUAAUUCUUCGUGAACCAGCUCCAUUGGCAGAUCUUUUAUCAAUAGGACAUGAAUAUCUUCGGAAAUCUUCACGAUAUUUAUCUAAUAUCAGUUCGGAUGAAUUUAUUAAAAAAGCUACCGCUACUCUUGUUCAGCAUGCAUCUAUGCUCUGGGAUUAUUUCUCAAUUAAAAUAACUACCGAUUCAAAUGGAAAUCAAGUGCUUACUGGAAUUCCUUUAAUUAUAGCUAAUUAUAUUCCUGAAUUGAACCAGCUUCCAAUCUAUGUAACAAAAUUAGCUACACAAGUUAGUUGGUCAGUUGAAUCUGUUUGCUUUGAAAAUAUUUGCUGUAUUACAGCUAAUUUCUAUGCAGUAUCAUCAUCAAGUUUAUUCGACGAUUGUUCUUUAUUGCCCAUAUCAUCUUCCGAAUCAAUCAUUGACGAUAAGUCAGAUAAAGAAAACACUGUAUCGUCAUCGUCAUUAUCACCUCGUGAAUGGAUGAUUCAGCAUAUACUAUGGCCUAUUUUAUGUUCUUCUUUACUACCUAGUCGAAGAUAUCCUAAUUUCGAUUUAGAUCAUAAUGAAAAUGACAUUAAAUCAUUCUCUUUACAAUCUUGUUUCAUUCGUCUUACAUCAUUAACAGAAUUAUAUAAAGUGUUUGAACGUUGUUAAAUUGUUUUAAAUUGUGCAUUUAUUAUUAUUUUUUUAUUUAGUUACUGUUGUUACUCAGGAGAUUCAAAUUAUAUUUUUUGAUGAUU